AUGUCUUUACAAAAGACUGCUUUACAAAAGACAGCUUUACAAAAGACAGCUUUACAAAAGACAGCUUUACAAAAGACAGCUUUACAAAAGACUGCUUUACAAAAGACAGCUUUACAAAAGACAGCUUUACAAAAGACAGCUUUACAAAAGACUGCUUUACAAAAGACAGCUUUACAAAAGACAGCUUUACAAAAGACAGCUUUACAAAAGACUGCUUUACAAAAGACAGCUUUACAAAAGACGUCUUGA